CCUCGGACAUCGCCAGAAGCAGAAGACGAUGGCCGGAGUUGCAAGUUGCAGAGCUGGCCUCGCUGCAAGGGGCCUCUACUGGCAGUAUGCAAGGACGGCGGGGAUUACUACCCUAUGCAUUCAGAAUCACAAGGCUCCGCAAAGACUACAACAUCUUCCGCAACUCAGCUCUCUUCGCACUCCUACCAAAAGAGUGAGACAGCAGGGAGGGGUAUGUCUGUCUGCCAGGGCCUUCCACACUACUCCUGCGGCACACAAGCUGGUCCCCUUUAUUCUGGCUGAUAUUGGAGAGGGAAUCAAAGAGGUCGUUGUCAGGGAAUGGUUUGUAAAGGAAGGAGAUGUCGUUGCCCAGUUUGACAGCAUUUGUGAGGUGCAGUCCGAUAAGGCCUCGGUAACAAUCACUAGCCGUUACGAUGGAGUCAUACGAAAACUCUAUCAUGAAGUGGAUGACACCGCGCUCGUUGGAAAGCCUUUGGUGGAUAUUGAGGUUUCUAAAGAAGAUGAUUCUGUUGGAGCCGAGGUCCAGGAAGGGGAAGCCAUAGCUGUUGGAAGACCAGCAGAAGAUACGGCCAUAGGAUCCGGAGAGUUCACUUUGCCAAAGGGGAAGAUACUGACAACACCAGCUGUGCGAAGAAUUGCUAUGGAACACAAAAUUGACUUGUAUGAUGUUCAAGGAACAGGCAAGGAGGGAAGGAUCCUUAAAGAAGAUUUGUUACAAUAUUUAGAGGCCAGAAAGAGUGGCAAGAAAGCCCCCACUCCAUCUGCUCCAGCUCGACCUGUUGUGACAAUGACACCAGACAAGCCAGUGCCUCCACCUACAGCUGCUCCUCCCAAAGCAACCCCCAGCCUUCCUCCGUCCAUGCCAGUUAUUCUAGGCGAAGAUAAGCAGGUCGCGAUUAAGGGCUUCCAAAGAGCGAUGGUGAAGAGCAUGACUCAGGCAAUGAAAAUACCUCAUUUUGGCUAUUGUGACGAGAUCGACAUGACCGCCUUAGUUGGCCUGCGUAAAGAGCUGAAAGCCAUGGCUGAAGUCCACGGUGUUCGGUUUUCAUACAUGCCUGUUUUCAUAAAAGCAGCUUCUAUGGCCCUGUCCCACUUCCCGGUGCUCAAUGCCUCUGUAGAUGAAAAGUGUGAAAAUAUUACCUAUAAGGCUAGCCACAACAUUGGAUUGGCCAUGGACACAAGCGAUGGCCUAGUCGUACCAAACAUAAAGGGUGUACAGGGGCUCACUCUGCUGGAAGUUGCAGCAGAGAUAAACCGACUGCAGGAACUUGGGUCACGGGGAGGCCUGAAGACGCAAGAUAUCACCGGCGGCACUUUUACACUCUCUAACAUUGGGACGAUUGGGGGCACAUAUGCAAAGCCUGUGAUUCUUCCUCCUGAAGUGGCCAUUGGUGCUAUUGGUAAAAUUCAGGUCCUGCCAAGAUUCGAUUCAUCAGGGAAUGUAACUAAAGCGCACAUAAUGCAGAUCAGCUGGUCAGCAGAUCACCGUGUCAUUGACGGGGCAACCAUGGCUCGCUUCUCCAAUCUCUGGAAAUCGUUCCUGGAAAACCCAGCUACUAUGAUUGUUCACAUGAAGUAAUGGCAUUGGUAGGCACUUAGUGUGACUUGGAUGUAGGGAGCAAAUUUCCUGUGCCACUUACUCUGGAUAUUUUUGUACUGCAGGUCUUCAGUGGGUAUAUAUCUGAUGCUUUAUGCUACCGUGCCAUUGCUUGUAACAUUAAGUGUUAUUCAGGUAUAUGAAUUAUGUUGGGAAAUCGGUAUAUAGCACCUCAUACAUUUAUCUGUAAAGAUUGUAUAUUGGUAUAAGUACUUAGUCUUUCCAAAGUUGAGUAUGGUUAGUGAAUGGAUUCAAUGGUAGACUUUGUAAAGGUUGUAAAACUGUGGUAUGCUCGGCGCUCAACACUGCCACAUUAAAAAAAAAAAAAAAAAAAAA